AUGGGUUCAUCGGAAAUUAUGGAUUCCGGCAGGUUUUCCGGCCAGAGGUCCAAUUUCUCACAGACCUGUAGUUUGUUGAGCCAAUACUUGAAAGAGAAGGGUAGCUUUGGAGAUAUUACUCUAGGUCUUACUCAGAAUUUUGAACCAAAAGGAGCUCCAGCAGCAACUGAGACCAUGAAUUUUUUCCCACUAAUGGAGAAAUCUGAAGCUCCGACCCACGAAAAACUCAACAUGCCCAUUAUCCCUCAGAAGAAAACUGAUAUCAGCGGGACAAAAUUUGAGCCUGAAACUGCACAAAUGACCAUAUUCUACGGCGGUCAAGUGAUAGUUUUCGAUGGUUUUCCGGCGGAAAAGGCAAACGAAAUUAUGAUUUUGGCUAGCAAGUCAAGUUCACAAAACCACUCCACUGCCGCCGCCUUAGCUCCGCCAAGUAUGGUCCAAAGUCCAGCUGAAUCCGCCACAAACACCCCAGUUGCUGCACCUAUUUCAAAGGCUGUUCCCACUUUGGUCCAUAACCCUCCUCAGCCCUCCCUUGCCUCUGAUUUACCAAUUACAAGGAAACAUUCGCUAACCCGGUUCCUUGAGAAGAGAAAAGAUAGGAUCACAUCAAAAGCAGCACCAUACGAAGCAAUGGCACCUCCAAAGCCAAUUAAAACUGAAGAAUGGCUGGGAUUGGCUCCUCGAUAUCCAACUUCAAAUUGA